GAGGAGGAGGAGAUGGCGGCGAAGGCGCGGGAAGAUGGCGUCCCCAACCUGGCGCCAGGGCCGCGGGGCUGCGAGCACUACGACAGAGCCUGUCUCCUCAAGGCACCUUGUUGUGACAAGCUUUAUACUUGCCGCCUGUGUCAUGAUACCAAUGAAGAUCAUCAGCUAGAUCGCUUCAAAGUAAAGGAAGUGCAGUGCAUCAACUGUGAAAAACUCCAGCACGCCCAGCAGACAUGUGAAGGGUGUAGCACAGUGUUUGGAGAAUAUUACUGCAAUAUUUGCCACCUGUUUGACAAAGAUAAGAAGCAGUAUCAUUGUGAGAACUGUGGGAUUUGUAGGAUUGGUCCAAAGGAAGAUUUUUUCCAUUGCUUGAAAUGUAACUUAUGCCUAGCCAUGAAUCUUCGAGGAAAACACAAGUGUAUUGAAAAUGUUUCCCGGCAGAAUUGUCCAAUAUGCUUGGAGGACAUUCACACGUCCCGUGUUGUCGCUCAUGUCUUGCCGUGUGGGCAUCUCCUACACAGAACGUGUUAUGAAGAAAUGUUGAAAGAAGGUUACAGAUGCCCAUUGUGUAUGCAUUCUGCCUUAGACAUGACUCGGUACUGGAGACAGUUAGAUAAUGAGGUAGCUCAGACUCCUAUGCCGUCGGAAUACCAGAAUGUGACUGUUGACAUUCUCUGCAAUGACUGUAAUAGACGAUCCACAGUCCAGUUCCAUAUCUUAGGCAUGAAAUGUAAGCUGUGUGAGUCGUACAAUACUGCUCAGGCUGGAGGCCGCAGAGCCUCAGUGGAUCAGCAGUGAGGAGAAGCCUGUCCUUGACUCUGGGAUGUAGAUGAAUGAAGCUCUCUGUGUAAAAGAUCCCAAUGUCAGAUCUGACUGUGCGCUAGAGAUGCACACCAGUCACAACCGCGGACCACACCGUACACACCUGAGGACUCAAGACUCUGGGUGGAAUUGUAAUGGCGCUUACUGGGUGAAGCCACUGAGCGUGUGUAGACUGGAAAUUCCUUUUGUGUCAAGUUUUGAAGGGAAUGAUGUUUGUCCCAGAUAGAGUCACAUUCAUCGAAAUAUUUUAUAUUUUCAUGGAACUUUAAGUGACACUAUGCACGCAGAGUUAAUUUCUAGUUCUUGAUAGAACUGCAUUCAAUUUUAACUAGUCUUUGAUUUUAAGGGCUGUACUAUAAUUUUUAAGUUCUUAUUAUUAAAAUCUGAUUACAUGUGCUUUUUGAUUUUCUAAGUCAGUCCUUUGAAUACUAAGCAUACAACUUUAUGUAAUAAAUUUCUAGGAAAUUGUACUGAAACAUUGUUUUACAGACUUUUUUCCCUUCAGGUUAUUUUUGGCUCUGUUGUGACAACAUAAGCCAUUUUAACUUGUAAAAGAUGCUCCCUUUUUUCUUUUGGAUGAAUGAUUUGGGAAAGUAGUAUAUAAAGUAAUGAAGCUCUUCCAAGGCUUUAAGGCAACUGUUAAUGUUACAAGUUCUUUCAGCCUGCUAAAAUUAUGUCUCCUCAGAGUAGUUUAUUAGUCAGUAUUUUAUCAAGCAGAUAUAAGCCAGUUGGGGUUCCAGAUGCUUUAUAAAUGACAGUGAGCAAUAAACAAAAGUUCCUGCCCUUGUA